AUGACUCGCCCCACAUUACUGCAAUCGCAAACAAAUGCGCUCUUGACGCUGCUCAAUUUGAAUCAGCCAACAACAAUAGCCUCCACCUCCGCUAGCACCUCCGCUUUCCCGACCGGCGGAGCUUCCACCCAGAACGCGGCUUUCGAUGAAGCCACCCAUGGGACGUUGGUGUGGAAGGUGUUGAUCCUGGAUGAGCUGAGCAAGGACAUCUUGGCGACGAGUCUGCGCGUUCAGGACUUGAGAGAGCAGGGGGUAACGCUUCACAUGCAAUUGCAUUCGCAGCGCCCACCUCUAUCUGACGUACCUGCAGUCUACUUUGUGUCUCCGACUCUGGCGAAUAUCAAGCGAAUAGCUGAGGACCUCAACCCGCCCUUGUACUCCUCAUACCACCUCUCAUUCACCUCUGCCCUCCCUCGCUCACUGCUCGAAGAGCUUGCCUCCCUCAUCCUCGCCGAUGACCCAUCAGGAGCUACCGGCCAGCUCAUCUCCUCGGUACACGACCAGUUCCUCGACUUUCUCGUUCCAUCGCCGAACCUCUUCUCGCUCUUGCCCAGAAGAGAGAUCCAGCAGGAGGCAAAUGGGACAGUGGGGAAGAAAAGCCAGAAGCCGAGAGAAAAGGAGGUGGAAGGACGGCCGAGCUAUGUGGUGUUGAACGAUCCGAGGGCGAGCGAGCUGGACAUCGAGGAGGAGGUUGAGCGGGUGGCAAAGGGACUAUUCAGUGUUGCAGUCACCAUGGCUGUCACACCUAUUAUCCGGUGUCCGAGGGGGAAUGCUGCCGAAAUGGUCGGGCGGAAGCUGGAGACUAAGCUGCGGGAUCAUCUCGCCGCGACAUCAUCUCAGAGGGGAGGUGGACGUGACGCAUACGGCUCAGACGCGUUGGCAAGUCUACAAAGACCAUUACUGGUCAUUCUUGACCGCAAUAUCGAUCUCAUCCCCAUGCUUUCUCACUCGUGGACAUAUCAGGCUCUAGUACAUGAUGUACUCGAUAUGAAACUGAACCGAGUCUCCGUCGAGUCACCUGAGAAUGGGAAACUCCAGAAGAAAUCGUACGAUAUCGACUCGAAAGACUUCUUCUGGGCCAAGAACGCCGGAAACCCGUUCCCUCAGGUGGCGGAGGACAUCGACACUGAGCUUGGGCGGUACAAGACCGAUGCUGCCGAGUUGACAAGGUCAACGGGUAUCAGCGAUGUCAACGAUGUUUCACAAAUAGACUUCUCCUCCAAUACUGCCAACCUCAAAACAGCCAUUACCGCCCUCCCCGAGCUUACCGCCCGCAAACAGACACUCGACACACAUAUGAACAUCGCCACUGCCCUGCUCCAGGCCAUCAAGGAGCGCGGUCUCGACAAUCUCUUCCAGGUCGAAGAAGGAGCAACCAAGCAGCCUAAAUCCAUCAUCGUCAAUACACUCAAAGGCCAGACGGACGAGCCCGGACAGACCGUCAACCCCACACACGAGGACCAGCUCCGACUCGUCAUCAUCUACUACCUGUCCGUCCCGGACUCGGCGCUUUCCAAGGACGACCUGGCGGAACUGGUCAAGCAGUUGCAGGAGAAUGGGGUGGAUGUCAAGGCGCUGGAUUAUGUCAAGAAGGUGCGGGAGGUGACGCGGAUGACGAUGAUGGCGACCCAGCCGGCUGUGGUGGCGUCUGCUCCUCAGGGUGGAGAGUGGACAAGAGGAUUCGGCGCUCUUGGCAGCAGGAUCACUGACCGGCUGAGAGAAGGUGGAAUCACCGGCGCAGGCUUCGACAACCUCAUCUCGGGCGUCAAGAACCUCCUCCCCGUCCGAAAAGAGCUACCCGUCACGCGUAUAGUCGAAGCCCUUACCGAGCCCACAACGGCCGCCACGCAGGCAUUGCAAGAUACGGAUGACUACCUGUCGUUCGAUCCUCGCUCGACACGAGGGAGGGCGCCGGCGCAAUCGGGUAAAGGGCGACAGCAGUAUCAAGAGGCGAUUGUGUUUGUGGUGGGUGGAGGUGGGUAUGUGGAGUAUGGGAAUCUGCUAGAGUGGGCGGCGAGGAGUCAGCGGGAGGGAGGAGGAGGUGGGAAGAAGAUUACAUAUGGGAGUACGGAGAUUUUGAAUCCGACGGCGUUUGUAAGAGCGUUGGGAGAGCUGGGGGCGGCUUCGUAG